AAGGCGCCUACCUCCGCUGUCCGGCACCACGGUCCCCCGACGCACCAAGCACAGCAGUCGACAAUGCAGGCCAUGCUGGUUUUCAUCGCGGCGUCGCUUGUGGCGGUGGCCACAGGCGAAGCGCCCUCCACCAGCUACGGGGCGCCCUUCCGCCAAGCACAGCGUCUCCAGACACAACCGCAGCAGCAGCAGCAGCCACAGGCAUUCGCCCAAUCACAGGCGCAGCCGUCAUUCGCUGCUCCUCAGUCUUUCUCCGGAUUCUCCGCGGCCAGCUUCCGGCCACAGUUCUUCAUUCCCUCACAGGACGCCUCUCGACUGUCUGGCCUCUACCGCCUGCCCAGCUUCCCGAACUCUGCCCCCACCACCACAGAAGCUGCCACCACCACUACAGAGGCUCCUACGACUACCGUGGCCGGCCCUUACAACUAUGACUUCCCUAGAGGCCGCAAUGCGGCGCUAAGUGAGGCGGAGGAGAGCGGCGUGUACUACGUGCUGCAGCCGGACGGCCGCCUGCAGCGCAUCGCCUACGUCCACGGUCCCGCCCCCGUCUCCGCCGCCCCCGAGCAGCAGCGCGCCUAUCCUGGAGAGCUGUCCGCCCUGCAGCAGCCAGCAGUAGCACCCGGCUACCUGGCGCGCUUCCAGUACCACGACCUGCAUCCUGCCGGCGCUCCCAUCUACUCUUACAAGCAACCAGAGCUUGUGCGCAUCAACUAGGCUAUCAGACAUGAUUCUUUCAGUUCCAUGAUUAGCUAUCCCAAUGUUCAGUACAAUCGUGUAGCUUAGUAAACGGUAACUGAGUGCGUUACCAAAGUGCAGUAUGCGAAUAUUGUGUGUAUCCGGCGUUCUGGAAAAUAAGGCAUGCUGCCUCCUCUCAGAUUCAGCUCUAAAAAGGGCUUCGUUAAAUCUAUUUUAAAGAUAGUACACCAUAGUAUCAUCAUCUCCUCAAUGAAAAUUUCUGAUGUGCAUUAUACAGCAAGAAGUGUUGUUACAAUAGUGAGGUUCUUAAAAUUAAAUAUAUAUGAGCAGGCAUAGUUCAGUAGCUAAAAUCUUUCAUUGUCUGACUUCCAGCAUCUAUAUUGUUUCUUAUGUGUUAUACAAAAAGAAAGAUUUCAAAAAAUCGCUGUGGCAAUCAUUUAUUCAGUACGCUGGAUGACUGAGCAUCGCUAAAUGUGUUCUGUCAAAUUGCAUUUAUUAUUGUAGGAAAAAGUUAUUGUUGCCCUUCGAAUUGGGCAAUAUCGCGACAAAAAUUAUUAUAUCCAGACGUUUUAUACAAGGUCUUAUUUACUUGUUGACUACUGAUGUAUAAUUGUUUAACUGCAAUAAAAGUUUUGUACAAUUA